GACUUCCUUGAGGAUUUCUGUUGGACGGUUCAGUGUGACACGUAACUAAAGUGCAAAGUGCCAUGGAGGAUUAUAUAUUUUUUUUUAAGAAGAAUCAGUGUUCGUGAAUUCUAGCACUUCGUAGAAGCUGUGGUUUGCAGUUUCGGGACGUCUGUCCUCUGCCGCCACAGUAAGAAGCGAGCAAGAAUACAGCAGCAGGACGACUGACUCUUUGAACUGCGGAGUUGCUGCGCAGGCAAUGGGACGGCAGAAGUAAAAGGAGCGAACGAGCCACCGACCGGUCUAGGUGGACAAAGUAAAUAAAAAGAAAACAAUCAAAAAAGUUCGAUAGGUAGUGGGGACAUAUUUUCUGCUACCCUUCUUUCCUUGUGGUGUUGCAAUGCAUUUCACUCAGCGCUGAUGAAACCGUAAAAGGUAAAGGAAAGGUCUGGGCAAAACUUUUUAUAAGUUCAGCAUCGGUGUAGCCUGUAGGCAGGAGGUCACUGGACAAAGAUGGGGAACGGAAUGUGUUCUAGAAGACAAAAACGGAUUUUCCAGUCGCUUCUUCUUCUGACUGUUACUUUUGGACUGAUUUACGGAGCGAUGGUAUCUUACGAAAUGCACAAGCAGCUGAAAAGAUCUGAAUCCCUAGCUUAUAAAUACCAACAGCACCAGGAAUCACUGUCCGCGCAGCUCCAAGUUGUUUAUGAACAUAGAUCAAGACUAGAAAAGUCAUUGCAGAAAGAAAGACUUGAACAUAAAAAAGCAAAAGAAGAUUUCCUAGUUUACAAGUUGGAAGCCCAGCAAAGUUUAAAUAAGGAAAAGCAAGAUUCUACCAACAGAUUUAACUCCUUGAAUAUGCAACACCAGAUGUUAAAGAACCAGCAUGAUGAAUUAAAAAAGCAGUACUACAAUCUGCAGGAAGAGCAUCAUCAGCUUGGUGAAGAUCAUAGCAAAAAAUUACAGGAACACAACUCUAAAUACGAUCAGCUACAGCAAUUGAAAGAAACGGAGAUAUCUAAAUUGAAAGAAAACAUCUACAAUCUACAUGAAGAGAAUAAACAGUUACGAAAAGCUCACAUUGAUGUGCACGCUCAACUCCAAGAUAUGAAGCAACAGCAUAAGGAUUUAAAAACUCGACAUGAUCAACUUGCUGUGACUUUAGAAGACCACAAGAGUGCACUGGCUGCUGCACAGAUACAGCUGGGUGAAUUCAAACAACUUAAAGACACACUGAAUAAAAUUCCAAGUUUUAGAAAUCCAGAGCACGGUGAUCAUUUGGACACUAAUGAAGCUAAGGAAAAAAUCAUAACUGAUGAACAUCGAAGAAUUGCCGAGGAAGGAAGACAUGACACUGAAACUCCUCAGGUUCUUGUGGACCAUCAAAAACAUUCCCAGUCACUGAACAGGGCUGAACAAGCAAAUGACUACCAGAAACAUAUGGAGGAACCAGAAGUCCACGAUAACCUACAUCAGAAUGAGCAAAACUCUCCCAAAGAGAAAAUGAAAGACCAGAUCAGAGGACAAGAAGCUCCAAAAGUAGAGGAAGAGCAACGUCAGGAGCUGGCAGAGGAAGAAAUGGAGCAAGCUGGGCAGGCAGAACAUCUGGAAGAAGAAACUGAGCAGCACCAAGAGGGAGAGGAGGAUAAUGAGCUGGAGGCACAAGAGCACAAGCCACACCUGAAAGAAAUGCAUGGGCCUAUCCCUAAAACAGAAUCUCCUCAUGAUGAUAACAAUGAAAUUGAAGAAAAAGAAACAGUGAAGGAGCAGCUCCAUGGUCAACCUCAUUUGAAAUCUGCUUUUGAGGAACAGCUAGAGCAGCAGCGCCUGGCAGCAGAGAGAGCAGAAGAGGCCCGGAGACUUAGGGAGCACCAAGAAAACCUCCAUCGACAGAGGCUUAGAGAGCAUGCCGAAAGACAACAACAGUUAAGAGAAAGAGAGGAGCAGCUUCAGAUGGAGGCAGAACACAAGGAGCGUAUCUUCAGGCAACAGCAGCAAAUCAGGCAGCAGUCUCCUUAUGAACAUAUUGAUACAGACAUCGUUCAUGGAGAAGAAGGUGAAGAUAACCAAGAGGAUAAAGAUGGAAAUAUUCAUCAUGAAGAAGCAGAGGAACAUAAAAGAAAUGAAGAAGACCCAAAUCCUCAAAAUGUUCAGAGAACAGAAUUAGAAGAUGUGAACCCAGCUGAUGAUCCCAACAAUCAAGGUGAAGACGAAUUUGAAGAGGCUGAGCAAGAAAGAGAAGAAAAUCUGCCAGAUGAUAACCUUGAGCAUAAAGCUGAGACUCAUGAUGAGGCCAAAGCCGAUGCAGAAAGCAAGCAUGGAAUGGCUGGAAAUCCUGACCAACAAGAAGACAAUUUAGAAGAGCAGUACCAGGAAGAAGGAGAAGAGUUACAAGAAGAUUUAGCAGAAGAUCAAAAAAGACAGCCGGAAGAAAAUGAAGACCCAUACAAUGAAGAUAAUGGAGAACAAGGAAAUAUGAAAGACCACAAUACUGCUAAAAAGGCAAAAUAUUCUCCAUCAAAGAAUGACCAGAAACAUGAAUCUGAAAUAAAUGAAGAAGAGAAUUAUGAAGAAGAGGAGGAAGAAGCUGGAGGCCGGGAAGCACAUCGAAGGGCUGAAAUGUGACGAGGACCUUCAUAACAGAGACUUCACUGCUAAACCUGCAAACUCUUUUUUUCAACAUUUUUUUUUUUAUAUAUUAAUUAAGAGUCUUUAAUAUGGAACUUUGUAUACUGUUUUAUUUUUGACAAUCAGAACACUUUUAAAGCAAUUUUGCUUUGUAUUUUUACAUUUUGUACUAGUUUUACUUUUAAUAUAGGUCCAGCCCCAUCCCGUCACAACCCACACCAGAAUAAAAAAAACAGAACAUCUCUAAAUGCUAAAAAGGCUGUUGAAACUUUGAAAUACUUGAACGAUCAUUGGCAAAUAUGAACUUUCUUUUUUUUUUUUU